UGUUCUCUAUUGAUAAUGCCCCAUUUCGCGAUCACUUUUCACUCAGUUCAGACGCAUUUUUGAUCGAUAUUGUGGCAAUGAAAUUAGUGCCAUUUUGGCUUUUAGUGACUUUCCUCACACUAACUCAGGAUGCGCCUCAGAGUGCAGCAUCUCCGGCUAACAGGAGUGAAGAUAAUAACACGAUAAGGUAUGGCGAGUGGAGUCGAUGGAGUGCGUGUGAUGAAAGAUGCCAUCAGAUGAAGGUGAGAUUGUGUGUCAGUGGCGCGUGCGAGGAGAGUAAGCUGAUGAAGGAGAGAAAAUGCCCUGGAUGUGGCACAAAAGUGCGUAUAGUGCACAAACUUCUAAAUUUCUUCGGCUUUGGCGAUUCCGAUGAUUCAAUCUAUAGUGACUAUGAUGAAGAUUAUGGAGAGCACUGGGUCAACAGCCAAAGAAAUGAUCCCGAGGCUGAUGAAGGAUUUGAGGCAUUUUUCAGAGGUUUGUUUCAUUCCUUUGACUUUGAAUGGGGAAAUCCCGUCAGCAGCACUCCUUCCAACACUCUCGACGAUGACGAUGAAGAGGAGGAAGUUGAAGUAUUCUCAGGGGUUCCCGAAGUGGAAACUGUGGACUUUCCAGCAGAUCACUCGUGCGGAGUGACAUCGAAUGAACGAUACUCAAAAAUGAUGGCGAAGAUUAUUGGUGGGAGGAACUCAAAAAGAGGUCGAUGGCCAUGGCAAGUGGCGCUCUACAAUCAGGAAUACGAGAAUUUCUUCUGCGGCGGCACUUUGAUCUCAAAGUCUUGGGUCGUGACUGCAGCUCAUUGUCUGCUCUCUGACUUUGGGAAUGAUGUGACAGUCGUUGCAGGACUCCAUGAUACAGGCAAUCUGGACGACUCCUCGUACAGUCUUCAUUUGAUAAGAGAAAGAGUGAUUCAUCCUCGCUACGAUUCCGAGACCAAUGACAAUGAUAUCGCUUUGCUCAGGCUGGCUAAUGAUGUGAAGCCAGGAGAUGAUGUGGGAUUUGCCUGCCUUCCCAGCUAUCAUCAGGCUUCUCCUGGUCGCGACCAGGUCUGCAAGGUGCUCGGCUGGGGCAGAGGCACUCACAGAACCACUCUCCAAGAGGCUGACAUGCACAUCCAGUCCUCCCGAUCAUGCAAGAGGCACUAUUUUGGCACCGGGAACCACAUAACUCCGCACAUGCUCUGCGCUUCGUCACGCAACUAUGUCAGUGACACGUGCGGCGGUGAUUCCGGCGGUCCUCUGCUCUGCCGUGACGCAAAGUCACCCGCUAAGCCGUGGACUCUCUUCGGCAUCACCAGCUUUGGCGAUGACUGCACAGUCAGCGAAAGUCCUGGCGUUUACACUCGCGUCGCGGUCUUUCGGAAGUGGAUAGCAGCUACCAUGGAAUGCGAUGGAUCUUGCGAUCCAGUAGCAUAGGUCAAUCUUCUAUUGCUGGUCUUGUAAAUUUUAGCCGAAUGUUUGGAAUAAAAUGUGAUAAUCGUUGAAACUAUGAA